AUGAAGUCCAUUUCACUUAUUAUCGCAGCUCUUGCUGUUGGUGCUUUCGCCGACCUGCACACUCAAGGUGUUUGCAUCGAUACCCCUGCCAAAGAAGUGGCGGUAUACAAUAAAGCCGCGACUGAAAAGGCAUGCGCUGCCUAUAAGAGCCGAAACACUGGUAGCAAUCAAUGGGAUACAUGCCCCGAUUGCACACUUCUGAACGAGAAGGACCUCCUAUACUAUUGCGAGUCCAAGGGAAAGCACAUCGGAGGUGAUGAGCUAAACUAUUACUGCACCGAAAACGGUGCCGGAGACAGUGUUGCUUGCUGGUGCUGCGCUUUUGGGCCCAUGCUAUAUGUGUGCACUUUUUGGUAUCCCGUUGACACUGCUCCAUAUGCUGUUUUUAGUAAUGUAGCUCCUGCUAAUCUGGCUCCGAGUAAAUGCUGUUGA